AACGAGAGAGAAGAAGAGAAGGAAUUGUAAAAAGGAAAGGGGAAGGAAGGGACAAGGGAGGCGCACCAGACAUUUAUAAAAGCUCUUUUCCUUUCACCAAAUCCAAAUCUCUUACAUUUUCAGCUUUCUCUCAGGCUCACGCCUCACACAAAUUAUUCAAAACAACAACAACAGCAACAAGGUUUUGGCGAUGGCGUCCAAGCGGAUCUUGAAGGAACUCAAGGAUCUCCAGAAGGAUCCUCCUACCUCCUGCAGCGCUGGUCCUGUGGCUGAAGACAUGUUUCACUGGCAAGCAACAAUUAUGGGUCCUCCAGACAGUCCUUAUGCUGGAGGUGUCUUCCUAGUCACUAUUCAUUUCCCUCCAGAUUAUCCCUUUAAGCCACCCAAGGUUGCAUUCAGGACGAAGGUAUUUCACCCAAAUAUUAAUAGCAAUGGAAGCAUUUGCCUUGACAUAUUGAAGGAGCAGUGGAGCCCUGCGCUAACUAUUUCGAAGGUGUUGCUCUCAAUUUGUUCCCUGUUGACGGACCCUAAUCCUGAUGAUCCUUUGGUCCCGGAAAUCGCCCACAUGUACAAGACAGACAGGAACAAGUACGAGUCAACUGCCAGAAGCUGGACCCAGAAAUAUGCCAUGGGCUAAUUGACCUGUGGUAUGUGUGAGGGAGAGCCUUUCUACUUCUAGUGUUUAGGCCUCUCACCCCUUGUAUGAAUAUUUGUCGUUUUCAAUCAUCAUUAAGGCCCCCCCUCUAGUUGAAAAUGAAUGGGGGAAACGUUUUCCCCUGCUGUUUGUAUUGCAAAUGGUAAUUUAGAACAGUGAAAUGUGGUCCCAAUCAAAUGUUAUGCUCAAUUUUUAACCAUUUUAAUGGUGCCAUUGCAUGUUUAAUUUUUUUCCCCGUUUAA